AGUUAUACGUCCCCUCCAGCCGCGCUGCCGGCGGAAUGUCGGUUUCUGCACUGGUUUCAGGCUUCAGUAGGUUAGUAAGUGUCGUUCGUGCCGUUCAGUCGCCAGUCGCUCCGCCGCUGGUAAUCCAGCCAUGCGAUUCAGAAGCCAUUACGCUAUCAAAUUUCAAUCAAUUCGCACUGUUUUAAUUUUAUUUGUGCGAAAUAUGAUGCGGUUUACAACGUGACAUGGUCGACAGAUUUUACUAUGGCGGGUCUAUUAAGGGUACCACAUUACCGACAUAGUGGCGAAGAUAGCAGGCGAACCGGUCCCGAAGAAGGGAUCGAUAAUUUGUUGUUGGUGCCUGAAAGCGUGCUGGAUAUGGACGGCAAUCAACUUAGGGAUGACUUGAACGGUUUGAGAUUUGCAUUUCGAAAACAAUAUCUACAGGCGGAUCUCGGGCCUCAGGGAAAUAUUUGGAUAUCAGGAGUGACCACUGUUAAUUCUGACAACCGGCCAAGUACGGCACCAACACCACCUCAAAAUUCUUCUAGAGCAGGCGGACUUCAUUGGUUUGCCCAUGGUGCAGAUUCAUUUGACUUUUAUGAUGAAACAGACGAAACAGGAAAAGAAAAUGCAAUCAAAGACCGUGAAGAACGAUUGCGACUUGUUCGUGAGAAACACGACGAGGAACGCCAAAGAAAACUCGAUGAGCUCAAACAACAAGCAUUGGCUGUACAAAGGUAUCGAGAACAAAAAGAAGAGGAAAGGCGGAGACGUUUAGAUGAAAUGCGUUUACGAGAUACUGAAAGGCGACAACAAGUGGAAGAAAGAAAAAGACAAUUGUUUGAAGCCGAGAGAGAGAAACGAGACGCUAUACUAAAAAAAAAUCUAGAACGCGAGGCCAGAAUUGUGUCAAAAAGAAGAAAUGAGCGUAGUUCAAUUGUUUUUGCAUUUGGAAGUUCGACGCCUCGCAUGCUUGAACCAUCAGAAACUGGCGGAUCGUACUGGGCUAGUCGCAGAGCUACAUCUACCAGCAAUGUGAUGAUGUUGAGCAGUACAACUCCUAUGGGCCCUCUAACAAGGAGGUCAUCAGAACGUGAGCUGAACGAAUGUUCUGGGAAGAAAAGAGCUGCUUCAGCUGGCGGUCUUUCGAACCGUAGUACCGAUGAGUACAAUAAUAAGAGACACUCUGUAAUGGGUGUUUUGCAUUGGAGUGAUAUGUGUUACCCUGUUAUCCCAGAAUACCCUGUAGAUGUGGUGUGUGAAGGCGGUGACGGGAGCGCCGAACGGAAGGCGGCCAGACGGAAGACGGACCUGAUGCCCACCAUCGUGUCCCCGCGUGACCUGACGCCCUGCAGCCGUCCCGGAUCGUCCAGUUCGUCCCGUCGGUCACCAGGUAGGGCGAGUUCGAUGACUCGGCUGGACGGCGCCGCCACCGCUUUCGGCGGCGGAUGCGGGCGACUCCUGUCGUCGGCGCGCAGCAUGAGCCACUUGGCCAGCGGUGGCGGUGGCGGGCGAUCUGUCGUUUUAGGUGCCAAUAAGGAUCGCUCAACGCAUCACCGUAGUAUGAUCGCCUUGAACCCGGUGCCGCCGCCCAGACCCACCAGAGCCGAGCGACUGCGCAAGCGCGCCAGAGAAUUCGCAAACGGCGGUGGUGCAGGCAUGAAAUCUGGUGAAAUGACGCCGAAUCGACCCCAGAGUUCCAUGAGUCAGUCAAGCACUGGACCUUUGCCAACGCAACCGAGGUCCAGGCCCGUAGCUACGCCUCGCAAACCACGACCAAUCAGUAUAGCCGUAACCGGCGUCACAUCCGAUCAACCCAUUAAGUCUCCAGCUACGGGCGAAAGACCACCACUGCCCAAAGUGAAUGUUACCAAAAAGUCGAUUACUCCUAAAGUGGAAACUAAAAAAUUCCCCAACGACAAUACAAAACUGCAGUCGACAACUGUCAAGGAAAAAAAUAAGAACGCAAAGAAUUCUACUGAAACUCCCGAUAACGUUGAAUCUUCCGAGCAGCAGCACACCGUCGCGGUGGUACCCAAAGACGAAGAUAGUCGUGAAAAUUCAAACCAAGGGUCAGUGAACGACCUGGCCGAAUGCGAUAUGACCGCUUCAAUGUUGGCUACAAAACAGAAGAUCUCGACUGAAGAAGAAGCCAAGGCCGCGUUGGCGGAACGCAGAAAACUAGCGCGUGAACAAGCAGAGAGAGACGCAGAGUUAGAAAGACAACGAUUGGAAGCCGAAAGAUUGGCCGAAGAAGAACGGUUACGUUGCGAAGAAGAAGAACAACGCCGACAAGAAGAAGAACAACUGCGAAUGUUGGAAGAGGCUAGGAAAUCCGAAGAGUUGCGGUUACAGUUGGCCAUUGAAGAAACGAAAAAACGUGAAGAAGAAGAAAAAAAACGGAAAGAAGAAGAGCACAAGUUGAAAUUAGAAAAAGAAGAAGCAGACCGCAAAGCGAAAGAAGAGGCUGAAAAGCUGAGACAAGAAAUGGAAAUCAAAUUGAAAAAAGAGGAAGAAGACAGGCAACUUAGACGUAAACGAGUCGAAGCUAUUAUGCUGCGGACUAGGAACCAAGGCAAAGGAAACGCGUCGACCAAAGAAGAGACUGAAUCUGCCGAGCAACAAGCCGGCGAGAAUAAAACGGAAAAACCGUCGUCGGACCCGAUGACGACUAGUCAAGGACCGGUAUCUGAGACCGAAGCGAUGCUGACCGCUGAGAGAGUUCAUUCGUCGUCGUCAACGACGUCAUCGGCAUCGUCGCCGACAUCACCGCCCGGCGAAGCGCUUUCUAACGGAUUGCUUCCGGUAGAAACUUCCGGUUCCAAACAAAACGGCCGUGCGGACAACUCGGCGGUACAUCAAAGCAACGGCUGCCUUCCUACAGCCAACGGUGGUACAGUUUUCAACUCGGAAGUACAAUUAAACAACGUGACUAACAAUCUGCUAGAUUUAUCGUUGGAACCCAUUCCGUCUGACGCUCUGUCCACACAACAAAUCAUUGACAUCGGCAUGAAAAAGUGCAUUCAAGACAAUACCACGGAGUUUACCACGUACCAAGAAACUAAUAGAUCAGAACAACAAAUCGUCAACGAUCUGCUAUCUUAAUAAACACUAGAAGUGGCCACGGUUGUUGUUACAUUGUUGUGGGUAUUUGUAUACUUGGCGGUAGAUUGAAGUAUUAAACACGAGUGCUACUUUUAUUGUUAUUUUAUUAUUUUUAUCUAAAUUAUUAAGUAGUUAAAAAGAAAAACUGAAAAAAAAAAGUAAAAUGUUCAAUAUUCAAAUUAUUAUAAUUAUUUAGCCACGUCUAGACAUACUACUACGACAAAUAUCCAUCAUCUUCUACUUUACAAUAUUUUAAAAAAUCCCUUCUUUUUUAAUACAUUUUUGUUUUCAUAAAUAUAUAAUAAUAAAAAUAAUAAUAAUAAUAAUAGCUCUUAUCGUGUUAACUAUAAACACAUUUUAAUAUGUAUUGUAAUUAUCACGUUUAAUGUACAUUAACAAUAAUACAAAUCUUAUGAUGUAUUAAUUAUUUAAAAUAUAUAUAACGACAUGAGAUUGCUUUGUCUUGUAAGAAAUACCGUCUCAAUGUAUCUUGGGAACAAAACAACGCGUUUAGCGAGUGUCCUCUAAACAAUUAAUGACAAGAUGAUCAUAAUAAUCAAUAUGUGGGCUAUGAUACCGUAUUGAGUGUAUUGCGAGUAAGAACUGUCUGGUUUGUUUACUAUGUCUCAUAUAUAUAUUUUUAGAAGUCUAUCCCAUAAACUGAUUUUACUACUCUGCUUUUAAAAUUCAACAUUCAUGUUGUGUACAUUUUAUUAUUUCAAUAUUUUUGAAUAUUUUUUUUUUACAAGUUUUUAAACCAACAUUAAAUUGAUUUUACUAUACUAUUCAUUUUGUUUUCGAUGAUGAUGCUGUUAUCAACCAAUGGUCAGUCUUAAGAAAGCAACCACUGUUGGUGGUUCGGGUAGGUAAAACAUUUUCCUGAGACUUGAAACAUCUGAGCGUGUUGAUAUUGUCAAAAAGAUUUUAUCUUAAACACACAAGAUUUAUUACUCCCCAUCAACCUCCCUGAUCUCAAAAAAAAGUAUAUUAUUUAAUAGACACCUAUUUUCUAUUUGUUCUCUUAAUUAAUUGUUGCGAGUGAUUUAUUAUUUUUCAUACUCGAGUACUUAGUAUGUUUUUUAAUGUAUAAUUAUUGAUUUAUGGGUUUUCUUUUAUUUCUUUAAAUAUUGUUCUAUGUCCGUGAUUUAUUAUGUUUGCGGUCUGUAUGCGUUGUCAUUGUUAAUAAUACGUUACAUAGAUUAUUAUUGUCUUACAUUUGGCCCAAGAAAAAUCAUUGUUUCCCAAUAAUUUAAUGAUCAGUAGUAGUAUGUGUAUGCGUUGUAUGACAAUGUUGUAUGGAAAGACAAAGCCAUCUUAUAUGUUUAUUUUAUUAUUAAUUUUUUUUUUUUUUAAUUAUUAAAAAUAAUAGUAA